UUUUGGGAACGCUGACACAUUGCAAAGGGGUCAGAGUGGGUGGUGGGUUAGGUGUAAUGUGGUUGUUGUUGAUGCGGAGGAAGGUAGGGGUGCUGACGGAAACAGACAAAAAUAUAAAGGUGGAAGUGAAAGUGGCCGUUAGAAACACUGAGUGUUUGUGGGCACAGCAGCAAAGAUGGAUAAGUUCACGACGGUUCUGAACAUUGCCAGGAAACAGACCAAUCUCGGUUUCGGGCUGGUUGCCCUGCUGACAGCGGGGGGGGAGCAGAUCUUCUCCUCGGUGGUCUUCAAAUGUCCCUGCAAUCAGCUCAACCUCCUGUACGGCAUGGUGUUCCUGCUGGUACCCGCUCUGGCUCUGCUGCUGCUUGGCUACAUCCUCAGCAAGAAGACGUGGAAGCUGUUCACGGGUCUGUGCCAGCGCAGGGCCGAGCUGUGCCGCUGGAAGAGGCUGGUUGCCGCCGGGACGGUCCUGUUCCAGAUCAGCACCACCGCGCUGGUGGCUCCUUCCAGCUGGGUUGCCGUGGCUCUGCUGAACGGGAACUACUACGAGUGCGCGAUGACCGGCAUCAACGUGAGCGCGUACAGCGAGCAUGUGUGCGCAGGUAGGAGCUCCGUGGUCCAGUGUCAGGAGGAGCUGUACACGUUUCCCUGUGGGAGCAGCAAAGUUCCCCAGGCAGAGAGACACGAUGUCCUGCUCACCCUGAGAGCUGAGUCUCAGAUUCUGGGUUGGCUGCUCAUUGCCUCCAUCAUGCUGUCCAACCUGCUGCUGUCCUGUGUGGCUCGGUGCAUGUCCCCCAUCAGCUACCUGCAGCUUAAGUUCUGGAGGGCGUAUGCUCAGGAGGAGAGCAACAUGAUGGAUUCAUACACUGCUAAGCAAGCCAAAGAGCUCGCUGAGAGGAACUUGAAGAGUUUCUUCAACCAGACACUGCCUGAAAACAUCCUCACCCCGUCGAACAGGGACUGGCAGAAGAUCUCCUCCCUCUACAAGUUCAGCACCAAAGACCACUACUACAGCACCUUGCACCGGUAUGUGGAGACGUUCCAGGAGAUGGAUAAUGAGAUGAUGAGGAUGGCUUCGGUUAAGUCAAGCGAGUCUGCUGACAACCAUCCUGCUGUUCUUACUUUUGUAGAUGAUGGCAGGAUGGUACUUUGAGGAGGUUUGACAGCAUCCAAGGAUUGUCUAUGUUAGGUUUAGACCUAAUAUAUGAUGAUAAGAACCAGUUUGCUUCAUCAUUACCAAAAUCACAUGAUGCAUAUAUCAUUGUGAUAGAUGAGGAACCCUAAAGGUUAGAAAAGAGUGACCAGAGGUCAGUGGAAAGUUUUGGACUGUGCACAUCUGGGUGGGAAAUGCUGCUGUGUAGGGUUGUGCGAUAUGAUUAUAUAUAUUGUGUGACGAUAAAAAUAAAAUUCAUAUUAUGCUUUGGUGAAACUACUCUGAAAGAAUAAAUGCUAAAAAAGAAAGAAAGAACGCUGCUUUGUAUUUAACUAAACAUAGUUGACUACAGCUAGUGGCUGAUAUUGAAGAAGAAAGAAAUUGUUGAAAAUAAAAACUGAAGUGAAUCAGAUUCCAUCAAACCACUCAAAACCAGCAGUGACUGUGGCAGCAUCACAUAGCAUCAACCCACUGGGCGCGCAAUAGUUGAUGCCCGUAUCAUAUGCUAGACGCUCCAUACAGACAGAAUAUAAGGGGUGCAUUAGCAAAUAUAUGUUAAUCUGGAGAGUGAGUUUAAUCCAAAUGCUAGCUUUCUGAAGAGCUGAUGUGUAAAUAGGUCAGGAGAGUAAAUGUGCAUCAGCCAUAUGACAUGCACCAAGAUGGUGCUGGUGUGUACAAAACAGUGGGUGCAGGCUGUAAUAACAUUAUGAAUAACCUGUAUAGCAGGUAUAAUGUUUACCAUCUUAGUUGAACAUGCUAAAGUAUAAAUAUUUUCUAAUUAGCACUUAAUAUAAAGUAAAUGGUAGAGUGAUUUAUAUUGUGCUUGUAUCAAAAAUGCUUUACAGUUUCCCUCUCAAUCACCCAUUCACACACACAGGUGUGUAAAUACACUGUAAAAAAGAAAAAGUGUGAAUCUUUACGUUUUAGAAAAAAAAGAAUCUGUAUUGUAAUGUCAUACUUUCAGUUGCAACUAUUUAAUUUUCAAGCACCAAAUAAUGAAAAAUGUGGUUCACAACUCACUGUUUUUAAUGCAAUACAUUCAAUUCAAUUCAAACAGAAGUUAUCUCGGGACACUUUUCAAAUAGAGCAGGUCUAGACCGAACUCCUUAUAACAUUUACAGAGACCCAAUAGUACCACCAAUGAGCAGUGACAACAGCAACAACAGUAACCGUACGUUAAUAAUACUUAUAAUAAUAAUAACACUAAUAUCA